AUGAUGCUGGGAGCAUUGAGCAUCGCAGCCCGAUCGCAUCGCACGCCGACUGUGCGACUCGCAUCGCUGGCCCUGCGCACGUAUUCGACGCGCCCACAUGAAGACGCUGCUACGGCACCCAAAAAGGACGAAGAGCCUGAGCCCCUCCGCAAGGGCAUCCAGCUCGACAUUGAUGCAUCCUCGCUGGUAGAUGCACAGUCCAUCUCCGCACCUGAAGAAGAGGGCUCCUCGAAAAAGCGCACGAAUGCCAAGGCGCGCUCCGAUGCACCUGGCGCUUCCGACGGAUGGGCCCGUGUUCGGACGCAGCUUUCGAUCGCAGGCGCGCUGUUGUUUGCAGCCGGCACCGUGUGGAUGCUGGGACGCGACCUGGAUGAGAAGGAGCACGAGAUCUUCCAUGGACAGGAAGGACUCGAUUCUUUCCUGGGUCGUUUGCGGCUGCGCUUCAAACAGCUCACGAACAGUAUGACGGAGCCCAAGUGGGAGGUGCUCUUGCCUGACCCGCUUCCGUACCCAUACUCGCGCCCAUACACGCUGGUGCUGGACCUGGAUCAGCUGCUCGUCGCAUCCUCGUGGUCCCCAGCGCACGGAUGGCGCACAGCCAAGCGUCCCGGUCUGGACUACUUCCUGGGGUACCUGUCCCAAUGGUACGAAAUUGUGCUAUUCACUACCCAGACCUUUGCGCAACUCGAGCCUGUCCUGGACAAGCUGGACCCUGAUCGCCGCUACAUUGCUUAUCAGCUCUUCAUGGAAAGCUGCCGCCUCCAUAACGGUAAGCUCGUCAAGGAUAUUCGGCACCUGAACCGCGACCCGAGAAAGGUCAUUAUGAUUGAUAUCAACCCUGAUCAUGUGUCUCUGCAACCAGAAAAUGCCAUUGUCAUGCAGCCUUGGAAGGGCGACAAGAACGAUCGCGAGCUGCUUGGUCUCGUGUCGUUCCUGGAUGCCAUCGGUAUCUACGGUGUGAGCGAUGUGCGCACGACGCUCAAGGCCUACGAGGGCAAGUACAUUCCGGUGGAGUACCCCAAGAGCGAGAUGCUGUCCAAGCAACGCCAGGAGGAGGAGUGGCGUGCCAAGAAGCAGCACAGUGGUGGCCUGACCAGCAUGUUUGGCAGUGUGAGGCCAGGCUCCACGGGCAGCGAGCCGCCCACGUCGUUCCUGGACUCGGAGCGCAAGCGCUUCUUGCAGGGGUACCUUGAAGACCAAAAAUUCUGGCGCGUGAAUGGCGAGACCCUGCGGAAGCAGAUGCGCGAAGAGCAGGAAAAGCAAAUGAAGGAAAUGUCCAUGUCCGCCUGGGACGGUCUCUCUCAGCUCUUCCGCGGCCCACCACCGCCGCCCGAGACGGCGGCCUCGGCCAGCGACUCGCCUCAGCCGGCCACGCCAUAG